CUGUAAGAUAGCACUAUCUGUUCACCGACCUGCAUUGGGUCAAACAAACAGCUUGAGCACAGAACCUCACACAUCUUGUGUUAUGUUUGCAAACAUGAGCACAAAAGUCCUGGCUCUAGGCUCUAUGGAAGCAAAUUUGGGUGGCUAGCAAGCAUGGCUUUGGCGGAGUUCACCAAGGCCGUCUUGUGAUAGGAGAAUGAAGAGAGUCUCUUUGGGCCGGACGAUGUGAUGUUCGCGAAGGGCGUCCUACGAAGAAAGAACAUGCCAGGACACUCCGAGCAGCGAGGGACUCCGGUUUGGCGACGCCGCUCAGUCCUUCAUGACAACAACCUGGACUUCAGCGAGGAACAGGCCAUGCGAAACGUGUCCCACUGGAAGCACGGCGGGCGAGCAUGCGUCCCAGAUGUGCUUGAGUCAGCCUCCUUCUUGCGCACACCGUGCAAGGAAGUAUUUGGACCACCCCAGGCACCAACGCAUGCCGCGGAUGCCCAGCGGCGUGCCACUCCAGUCGGAGUGGGUUGUUUUCUGUCCAUGUGCUUCCGGACAUCCCGAAGAAGGAACCCACAGCUGCCACUGAUGGCAAUGAAGGUUGCCCCCAUUGAGACGCAGGCACUGAGGCUCCAGCUCCACUACUGAUGACAAGUCGGUGACAAAGGACAAUCUCACCUCACCUCUCGACUUCCAUCUCAUCAUUGCUGGGAAUCAUUGCUCCUCGACUUCUUCGCUCCUUUUUCAG